UUCAUUGCGAUACAAUCGAUACUUGAACCAUUGAAACCGAAUUCUGUGUGUUUACAUUUGAAAAUGUUUUUCAUCGGAUUAACUGGUAAUAUUGGGACGGGUAAAUCUACUGUUUCCAAAUAUCUUUCUAAACAAAAUAUUCCUGUGAUUGAUUCAGACCAAAUAGCACGAGAUGUUGUUAAACCAUAUACGAAAUGUUGGCAUGCAAUCCGUGAACAUUUUGGUGAAGAAGCAAUCAACGUAACUGAUGGCCAAAUUAAUCGUAAUUAUUUGGCUCAAAUAAUUUUCAAUAAUCCUGAUGAACGUCGAAUAUUGAAUAAAAUAACCCAUCCAGAAAUUCAAAAACAAACAUUCAUCAAAACACUUUACUAUUGGUUAACAUUUCAUACGUUUGUUGUAUUCGACAUUCCAUUACUGUUUGAGGCAAAAAUAUAUCAACCAUUGAUGAAUUAUAUUAUUGUGGUUAAAUGUGAUGAAUCCGAACAAAUUCGUCGAAUCAAAGCUCGUAAUGGUUAUAAUGAUGAAGAGGCAUCAUCACGUAUUGGAUCACAAAUGUCGUUGAAUGAAAAAUGCAAAUUGGCCAAUUUUGUAAUCGAUAACAAUGGAACCAUUGAACAAACUUUACAUCAAGUUGAAGAAAUAUUUCACCAAAUGAAACGGCCACGAACAUUUUAUAUUCUUCGCUUGUUGCUCAUUACCUUAUAUGGAUUAACUUUAUUUUCUUUGAUAAAAUUAUCGAAAUUCAUAUAUUCCAAGCUCUGAUCGAAUCCAAUUAUUAAUCAAUAAAUGAAUACAGAUACGGUAA